GUCAAGUUAGCUUUGGUUCUCAGACAAAUUUAAUGUGCAUCGAAUUUCAAAUCUUCUCUGUUUUUCGCUUUGCCCCUUUUUUCUUCUCUCCUUCUUUCAUGGGUAUUUGAACCCUUCAAAUCUUUUUCAGAGGCCUAAUUUUCUUCAGAUCUUGCAUGGCCACAGCAAGCAGUUCAAGUUCGCCAAAUUCUUCUAGUUCUCGUAAUUUAAUUCCAUCUCUUACUCUUCUCUUUGUAUUUCUCACUGCUGUCGUGCUCGGCAGCCCUUCCAUGGCUGCCUCGGAGUCGCAGACACGUCUAAUUCCACAUUCCUUGAACAAUCCGCCGCGAAAACAUAGGUUGGAGUCGGAAUCUGGCGGCCGAAGACCGAGAGACGAUCGUCCACUUGAAUCUGCGGUUUUCGAGGUUACGAGCGGAACGAAUCAUGUUUUGAACAAUCCGCCGCGGAAACAGAGGUCGGACUCGGAGUCCGGCGGGCGAGGGAGGAGAAACGAUCGCGAUUCCAACAGUCCGCCGCGGCAACAAUCGUUGGACAAGAAAUCCGGCGGCCAGCGGAGAGACGAUAGUCGAUUUGAAUCUGCGGCGCACGAAGUUCCGAGCGGGCCGAAUCCUAUUUCGAACUAGUUGAAACAUAGCUUCGUCAAUCGGUGCGGUUUGAGCGGAUAUCUUGAAGUCUUUUCUCUCUGUAAAUUAAUGACGCUGGAGGUUUGGUAUUUGACUUGCGCUGAAUUUUCAUCUUCCUGUAGAUGCGGAUUAACGAUUGAGUUCGCCAUUGAAGCUUCUCUCGUACACUGCUCUGCAUCUCCAUUUUUAAUCUUCCUUUUUCCUUCUCCUCCCAUGUUUUUGUGUGGUUUUUGUUUCGUAAUUCAUAUAUAAACAUAUACAGAGUUAUAUUCUCACAAAUAUUUAUACUAUAGAUUGCGAGGAGAAGAUUAUCGUUAAACGAAAA